ACCACCCUAGAAUGGUUCGAUACCUCUAUCUACUGCUCCCUCAGAAAAAGCAAAAGAGAGGAGUCAGGCGUGGUGGCGCGCUCCUGUAAUCCCAACUGCUCGGGAGGCUGAGGCGGGAGCAUCGCUGGAGCCCAGGAGUUCCAGGCCAGAGACACCGUCUCAAAGGAAAAAAAGAAAAAAGCGAUGAAACGAGAACCCUCCAUAGUCUCAUCAAACCGCCUAGUUCUCCCAACCUGCACCCCUACCACGGCUUCCACCUCUAUUCCGCAUUGACGCACCCUCUCACGUUAGCAGGCCAGGUUCCAUAGGCAGUUCUUACCAAGAAGAUGUCGAUUCCAUUCUCCAACACCCACUACCGAAUUCCACAAGGAUUUGGGAAUCUUCUUGAAGGGCUGACACGCGAGAUUCUGAGAGAGCAACCGGACAAUAUACCAGCUUUUGCAGCAGCCUAUUUUGAGAGCCUUCUAGAGAGAAGAGAGAAAACCAACUUUGAUCCAGCAGAAUGGGGGAGUAAGGUAGAAGACCGCUUCUAUAACAAUCAUGCAUUCGAGGAGCAAGAACCACCUGAGAAAAGUGAUCCUAAACAAGAAGAAUCUCAGAUAUCUGGGAAGGAGGAAGAGACAUCAGUCACUAUCUUAGACUCUUCUGAGGAAGAUAAGGAAAAAGAAGAGGUUGCUGCUGUCAAAAUCCAAGCUGCCUUCCGGGGACACGUAGCCAGAGAGGAGGUAAAGAAAAUGAAAACAGAUAGUCUUCAAAAUGAGGAAAAAGAGGAAAACAAGCUUACAGAGUAAAAGAUAUCAGUUCUCCUCCAGGAUUCCAGCUGAUCGUCCCUCCCAUUCCACUGAAAGCACCAGCUUCUAACACCUUCCCCUCUCAGACAGAGCCAUCCUGCUUAGAGAAUUGUCAAGGGAGGACCCAGAAUUUAUGCAAAGACUUAGAUUCCCUGACCUGUAGAGGAGACCAGAAGAGAAAAAAAGGUAUUUUUUUCCCUAGUGAGUAUAUAGCAGGAAAAAAAAAAGAGAUGAGUUAGCCUUUUCAGUAAAUUCUCUUGUUACACACAUAAAGUGACUAACACUGUGCAUUCCAUACACACACACACACACACACACAGACAGACAGAUCUAGUGGUGGUGAUAUUUGUAGUGAAGGAGGAAAAGGAAAAGGCGAGCAAUGGAUGUGAUAUUACGGGAACAACACGUAUGAAUGACACUUUAUUAGAACUUAUCUGGUUUUCCUCUUGUCUCUCUGGCUGUUCCUUCUCAAUUCCCUUUACUGGUAACUCUUCAACUCCCCAACCACUAAAUGCUAUGUGCCCUUAGGCUCAGUCUUUUGACCCCAUUUCUACACUCACUUGAUUUCCUGCAGUUUCGUAGCUUUAAAAUCCAAUCUUCUUAAUGAUUACUCCCAGACCUUUCUCUCCUCUACCUGCGAACUUCUAUAUUCAGCUGCCUACAUAACAUCCCUAUUUGGAUGUCUGUAGGCAUCUCAAAAGUAACAUAUAAAAAAUGACUCCUGAUAUUGCCCCCAAAUCUGAAACUUCCCCCACACCCAAGUUCUUCCAUUCAAAAAUGGCUGCUCCAUUCUUCCAUUUGCUCAGGCCAAAAACCUUGAAUUCGUCUUUAAUGCAUCACUUUCUUUCACACCCCAUAUACCAUCUAUCAGCAAAACCUGUGGGUUGUACCUAUAAAAGAUACUCAGAAUCUGCCUACUUCUCACCACUUCCAUUGUUACCACCUUGGUCCUAGUUCCCAUGAUAGCCUUGCGAAUUAUUGCAAUAACUUAUAUUGGUCAAUGAUUAUCUCACUACUACUGCACAACCCAUUCCAAAGUCAGUGGUUUAAGACAAUUAUCUUUUCUCCUGGGUCUGUAGGUCAGUGGUAAUGUAGCUGAGCUAGGCUGGACUACAACCGCAAGGUUAGGUUCAGGUCAGCUCUAAGCUGUGCGUUUGCGGGUUGACAGAGGAAGGUCUGCUUCAGGCUGUGGGCCCAAGGGUUAGCUGCAGCACAGUGCCUCUACUUCACGUGUCCUAUUCUGAGCCCCUGCUGAAAGACGUUAUCCAGGACAAGCUUUUUUCGUGCUGGUCACAGCAGACAAGCAGGAAAACCCAGCAUGCAAGAGUAUUUCAAGCUUUUGCUCAUAUCACUUCCACUGACAUCCCAUAUACAAAAGAAAGUCAUCUAAUGAAGCCCAAAGUGAGGAGGAUGAGGAAGUACACUGUUCACCAUGCAGCCAUAGCAAAGGCUCAUGUGUGCAUAAUGCUACUACAGGGUAGUGAAGAAUUGGGACCAGUAAUUUAAUCUACCACAAUCUGCUUGCUUGAUUAUAAUUAUAUAUUUACCACAUGUAAAAAUAGACCCACUCCUAUCCCAAAACCCCUAAAAGUUCCAUCACAUCUUUGAAGUCCAGGAUCUCAUGAUCUACAUCAGGUCCAAAUAUAGUCCUUCUUGAUAUAGAGACCCGUGAAUUAAAAGAGCAAGUAUCCUUUUAUCACAUACAACAAAUGAUGGAAUAGAGACAAUAAUCACAAAAAAUACUCUUAUUCACAAAGGGUAGAAAUGGAAGCAGGUGACAGCCACUGGUCCCUAGCAAUUAGGAAACCUCAUUGGACAAUGCUUGUCAGGUUCCUCUAUUGGAGGGAAUUAUGUUUCAUGAUUACACACUGUUUCUACUCCCUAAGAAUGACCUUCCAGUCUAUCUUCCAUAGCUCUUGGUUCUGCACUCUAGGGAAUCAUUCUUUUUCCCUCAUCUUCCUUAGUCACUUGCAAAGGACAUUAGAGAAUAUGCCUUUUUUGGUGGAUAAAUGGGUUCUUCAACCUGCUUUCUGCCUGUAGAAAACUAGAGACAAAUAAUCUGUUUGUACCUUGUAGAAUGUCAAUCUCUUUUAGCUGGCACUGGUACUUUUGUCAAUAAAGUU